AUCUUGCUCACAUUUAAUGUUCUCCUUACUUCGCCUUGGAUCUAUUCCAAUCCCUCAUCAUGAAGUCUUUCCUCAUUGCCAACAUUGUGCUGGCCAGCGCUGCGAUAGCAUCGGCCAAGAUCACUUUGCCCAAUGGCUGGUUCAAGAUUUCACCUCAGGAGAAGAUCAAGCCUGGAAAAUUCAACGGCAAGCCACGGUACCUGACAUGGAUGGCUGAUUCGCAAAUCAAACAUGGCGUGGAACCAACAUUUGCCUACACAGUGUCAGCUUAUCUCUCCGGUGUGCUUCUUGCAUACGAUAGGACGGGUGACGACAAGUACCGUGACUACGUUAAACGCCAUGCGGAUACUGUGCUGUAUCCUGCAUGGAACGGCGAGAUCCUCCUUCACAACAACAGCAACUCCAUCGAUGACAUCCGUUUUGGCCACACUUUCCUGGAUAUGUACAAUCUUACGGGCGGAGAUGAGAUCUACAAGAUCGCGGCCGACAGCCUCAAGGAUCAGAUUGACCGCUCUUUCCGUACGCCACAAGGCGGAUUCUACCACCGCUACCCUGUAUACAUCGACCAGAUGUGGCUUGACGGCAUCUACAUGCUCGACGUCUUUUACGCCCGCUGGACAUACGAGUUCCAGCCGGAGAACAACACAGCCUGGGAUGACAUCGCCCUGCAGUUCGACGUUAUCGAUGCCGGAACUUUAGCUGAUCGCGAGCGCACCAACGGUCUCCCGGUUCACGGCUUUGAUUGGAGCAAGAAGGCUAUCUGGGCUGAUCCUGAGACUGGUAUCGCUCCUCACGUCUGGGGUCGUGCAGUUGGAUGGUACAUCAUGGCCCUUGUCGACACUCUGGACUACUUCCCCGAAUCGCACCCAGGCCGUGCGCGCCUCAUCAAGUACCUGCAGUCCGUAGCUGACGCCAUUGUGGCCGCGCAGGACAAGAAGUACAAGGGAUGGUACAAUAUCAUGGAUCCUGGACUUGAGGGCCGCUCUGGAAACUACAUCGAGAGCUCUGGAUCAUCCAUGUUCGUGUAUGGUCUGUUCAAGGGUGUCCGACACGGAUACCUCAAGGACAAGAAGUAUAUCACAGCUGCGCUUAGCGGUUAUGAGCUCAUGACAGAGACCUUCGCAGAGCCACGCAAGGAAGAUGGCGCGCUUAUGUUAGAAUGGACCGUCCAGACUGGCAGCUUGAGCUCUAACGGCUCAUUUGAGUACUACGCGAGCAUGCCGCUAUUUGAGAACGAUCUGAAGGGAGUUGCGCCCUUCCUCUUCUCCAGCUAUGAGUACGAGCUGUACAUCGAAGGACAAGAGAAGGCAUAGAGAAUAUCACGUCAUAGCCAGCGUGAUGGAUCUAGGACGAAUUCGGGAAGCAGAGCCCAUGCAGGGAAUACUUAAUACCAUAUGUAAAUACACUGCUCCCAACAUGAUAUUAU